GGCGGGGCCGGGGCCGUGCGGGGCGGUGGCUGGGUUCAGAGUCCCGGGAGGCCUGGGGCUGCGGGGGGAAUGAAGCCUCCGCCUUCCCCGGCAGAAGCAUUUAAAUACGGCCGCGGGCCCCGGAUCCGGGCAGCGCUGUGUGGAGCCUGCGGCUUGGGAGUAAGGUGCUGUCCGAGAGAGCGGGAUCCGAGCAGCAGCCGGCCUUGGUUCAGUCAUGGUUGAAAUUAAGAAGAUCUGCUGCAUCGGUGCGGGCUACGUGGGCGGACCCACGUGUAGUGUCAUUGCUCACAUGUGCCCUGAAAUCAAGGUGACGGUGGUCGAUGUCAACGAAUCAAGAAUCAAUGCAUGGAAUUCUCCAACCCUUCCUAUUUAUGAGCCUGGAUUAAAAGAAGUGGUCGAGUCCUGUCGAGGGAAAAAUCUAUUUUUUUCUACCAAUAUUGAUGAGGCCAUCAGAGAAGCUGAUCUAGUAUUUAUUUCUGUGAACACACCAACAAAAACCUACGGCAUGGGGAAAGGCCGGGCAGCAGACCUGAAGUACAUUGAAGCAUGUGCUCGACGCAUUGUGCAGAACUCCAAUGGCUACAAAAUCGUGACGGAGAAAAGCACCGUCCCCGUACGGGCAGCAGAAAGCAUCCGCCGUAUAUUUGACGCCAACACAAAGCCCAACUUGAAUCUACAGGUACUGUCCAAUCCUGAGUUCUUGGCAGAGGGGACAGCCAUCAAGGACCUAAAAAACCCAGACAGAGUCCUGAUUGGAGGGGAUGAAACCCCAGAGGGCCAGAAAGCUGUCCGGGCGCUCUGUGCUGUGUAUGAGCAUUGGGUUCCCAAGGAAAAGAUCCUCACCACCAACACUUGGUCCUCAGAGCUUUCCAAACUGGCAGCAAAUGCCUUUCUUGCCCAGAGGAUCAGCAGCAUUAACUCCAUAAGUGCUCUGUGUGAAGCAACGGGAGCCGAUGUGGAAGAGGUGGCCACAGCUAUUGGCAUGGACCAAAGGAUUGGAAAUAAGUUCCUCAAAGCCAGCGUCGGUUUUGGUGGGAGCUGCUUCCAAAAAGAUGUGCUGAAUUUGGUUUACCUAUGUGAGGCCCUGAAUCUGCCCGAAGUAGCUCGUUAUUGGCAGCAGGUCAUAGACAUGAAUGACUACCAGAGGAGGAGGUUUGCUUCCAGGAUCAUAGACAGCCUCUUUAAUACAGUGACUGAUAAGAAGAUCGCUAUCUUGGGGUUUGCAUUCAAAAAGGACACUGGUGAUACCAGAGAGUCCUCCAGUAUCUACAUUAGCAAAUAUCUGAUGGAUGAAGGUGCACACCUCCAUAUCUAUGACCCCAAAGUACCCAGGGAACAAAUAGUCGUGGAUCUUUCUCAUCCGGGUGUUUCAGCAGAUGACCAAGUGUCCAGACUGGUGACCAUUUCCAAGGACCCGUAUGAAGCGUGUGAUGGUGCCCAUGCCCUGGUUAUUUGCACCGAAUGGGACAUGUUUAAGGAACUGGAUUAUGAACGGAUUCACAAGAAAAUGCUGAAACCAGCCUUUAUCUUUGAUGGGCGACGUGUCCUGGAUGGGCUCCACAGUGAACUGCAGACCAUUGGCUUCCAGAUCGAAACAAUUGGCAAAAAGGUGUCUUCCAAGAGAAUUCCAUACACUCCUGGUGAAAUUCCAAAGUUUAGUCUUCAGGACCCACCCAACAAGAAACCCAAGGUCUAGAUAUUCCCAUUUUAUGUGGUCAUUUUGGUACUUCAAGGUAGCCAGCGUCUGUCUGAUAUUAAAUGGUAAAUGAACUACAUGUUUUUAAGGAAACAAAAAUAUUUUUUUAAUCAUCAAAUUUAUACUAGCUAUAUGGGUGUUAGCAUACCUAGGAAUUAUGAGUGGAGAAUAAUUUUUACAUAUUUUUAUAUUAUUAUCCUGUUAUUGAAUGGAUGGAAAACAAUCAUGUUGGUUUCAAUGUUGUCAACUUUUGCAAAAUAGAAAUUUGAACACUUUCCAGCAUUACAAACUUUCCACAGACUGGAAAAGGCAGUCUCGUUCUCCUGGGUGUUGUUUGCUUACCAUUAACUGUGAUUUUUAAGCCAUGAAAUCACUGUGCUACUAUGUAUGGGCUGGUUCAAGUUCUCUGGCCUUUGGUUUUAAUGUGAUAUGUCAUUAGUGGUUCUAAUUGUUUUCUGUUUUUCCCCAAAAGAUCACUCUGCAUUUCCUCCCCUGCCUAACAUGAACAGUACUUUCUGUUUUGAAAGACUUUAACCUGAGGAGAAAAUCAGUCGGUGGUCUGUUGUUUCUUAGUUUUCACCACUGAUUGUUACUUUUGCAGCUUGAGUCCGAAAGAGUUUGUUACCUUCAUUUUGAUUAUGUCUAUUACAGUUCUAAUAUUUUCCUUUAAUCAAGAAAUCCAAUAAAAUCUCACGUGUAAAUUAAAAGAUAUUCUAAGUUA